CAAAAUCGUAAGAUCAUCGCUAGUAAAACGACUUCAAGAUCAUGAAUUUCAUUCACUUUUAUUACUUUGAUUGCUCUAUAUGCAAAAGAUAAUACAAAAAAUAACUGUUCCAGUGUUUUUUAUUUUCAAAGAAUAAAUUUUAUAAAAUAUUAAAAAUUAAAAAAUUUUAAAUCCUACUUUACUUCGAGUUUAGGAACUUACCGCCAGAGGUCCCGUCAGGCGUCAAUUUCCCGUUUAUUCUAGACCUUCUGACCUUUCGGUAUUUUCGUUUUCACGGGGGUUUGUUGUGUUCGAUACGACGUCUGACAUUUCUCUCGCAGAUUUCGUGAAAAUCUUGAGUUCUUCGUUGUUUUUGUAUAUUUAAGUGAGUGCAAUAAUAACUAGCCAACAUGUCUUACAUGCUCUCGCAUUUACAUAAUGGAUGGCAGGUGGAUCAAGCCAUCCUGUCCGAAGAAGAUCGUGUUGUGGUAAUCAGAUUUGGUCACGAUUGGGACCCUAUGUGCAUGAAGAUGGACGAAGUCCUGUACAACAUAGCAGAGAAAGUCAAGAAUUUUGCCGUUAUAUACUUAGUGGAUAUAACAGAGGUUCCAGACUUCAACAAAAUGUAUGAGUUAUACGACCCCUGCACGGUUAUGUUUUUCUUCAGGAACAAGCACAUCAUGAUUGAUCUGGGUACUGGUAACAACAACAAAAUCAACUGGACCUUGGAGGACAAACAAGAAAUGAUAGACAUCAUCGAAACGGUGUACAGAGGAGCCAGGAAAGGUAGAGGUUUAGUAGUAUCGCCAAAAGAUUAUUCAACAAAAUACCGAUAUUAAUUUAUAUACAUAUAUAUAUAUAUUUUUUUUAUCUUCAAUGCAUACAUGAGUUAUACUUGUUUUAUAUUAAAACACAAAAGAAAUAAUGUCACUAAUUCAUGAAAUGAUUAAUGAUAUGUGUGCUUUGAAAAGAAUAGAAAAUUUGUCAGGUGUUCUUGAUGAAAUCAUGUGUAAAAUCAUUUGACUCAUUUCAGUAUGUAAAUAUAAGUAUCUUUGAAUAAUGAUUGAAAAUCAGAUUGAUAAUUACAAAUACAAGUUGUAUAAGAGAAUAAUACAUAAUAUUAGUUAUGUAAAAAUACAAGACUAUGAGUAAAAGACUUGAAUUACAUACAAAAAAUAUAGCCUUUUGCAAUUUUUUCCUGUAACUAAAGGUAUGGCCAUAUGCUAGCCAAACUCCAUUCAUGAGUUGUAGAUCAUGUACCAACGCGUACUACCGCGAUCUUUCUGCACUUGGACAAUUUUCGCUUAAAAUAAAACAGUCAUACAAUCACGGCUCGAUGUCAUUACCGUGUAAUGACAACUUGAUACUCCAUUACAUAGUUUACUCAAAUAUGCAUUACUGUUUAUAAGUGAGUGAGAAAAGGAGGAAAAAAAUACAAUCAUAGAGCGAUCUACCUAAUUCAUAUACACAUCCGUGCUCCCCACCACGAGCAGUGAUGUAUAAGUAGAAGCGCGAACGAGGCAAUGGAAAUUAUUUUGGAAUCGCGCAUCAAGGCCAGCAGCUGCUGCGCUUCUGUGUGACUUUGGCCUGCAAUUUCUCGCUGAACGUCGGGCAGCUCAAAUAAGAGCAAUCCAGUUGGAUAAUUCUUGAGGUCUUUCAUUUGUCCCCUGUUCUUUCUCCUAAAUACGUACGUAGUUGAUAGACAACGUAAAUAGGCAUUUGUUAUAAUACUGCGUUGAUAUGAAA